AUGGGGAGCUUUACCUAUGUGAUGUUGUCUACAGAGUAUCAGACCGAUUCCCAACCGUUGCGUCCAUGUGAACUCCAGAGGGAAGAGGCUUUUUCAGCAGGAGAAGCCUACGUUCCUCAGUGCUCAGAGGAUGGCCAGUUCAGGACAGUCCAGUGCAGUAGGAAUGGUCUUUCCUGUUGGUGCGUAGAUGAGAAUGGUGUUGAGGUUCCUGGCAGCAAACAGAAUGGAUAUCCUAUAUCUUGCUUGUCCUUUUGCCAGCUGCAAAAGCAGAGGAUCUUGGUGAGCAGAUACAUCAACAGCAGCAGCAUCUCCUACAUCCCUCAGUGCCUGGAUUCAGGAGCUUUUGAUGAGGUGCAGUGUGACACGGAGCUGGGGCAGUGCUGGUGUGUAGAUCCAGAAGGAAUGGAGAUUUAUGGCACCAGACAAAGAGGAAAGCCAGCACAGUGUCCAGGGAACUGUGAGAUCCGAGAUCGUCGCAUCCUGCAUGGGUUUGGGGAGAAGAGCCCACCACAGUGCUCAGCAGACGGGGAGUUUCUGCCUGUCCAGUGCAAGUUUGUCAACACAACAGACAUGAGUGUUUUUGAUCUUGUUCAUAGUUACAACAGGCUCCCAAGGGCUUUCCAAAAAUUUAGCUCGGUGAGGGAAACGUUCCCGGAGAUCUCUGGGUACUGUUACUGUGUGGACAGCCUGGGCAGGGAGCUGGCAGACACAGGCUUGGAACUGCUGCUUGAUGAGGUUUACGACACGGUUUUCUCCGUGCCAGAGCCUGCCCGCACGUUCACGGAGAGCAGCAUCCAUCGGAUCCUGCAGAGGCGAUUCCUGGGGAUCCAGCUGGCUACCUCUGGAAAGUUCAGGUGCCCCUCGAGGUGUGAGGCUGAGCGUUCCGCAGCGCUGCGCUUCCAGCACCCCUACGCGCCAUCCUGCUCCGCCGGCGGGGGCUACGCGCCCCUGCAGUGCCAGCAGCAGGGACAGUGCUGGUGUGUGGACACCCAGGGACAGGAGAUCCCGGGCACAAGGAGGAGAGGACAGCCCCCAGCCUGUGGACAGUUGCUUGAAAGUGGCCCUGCUGGGUACUUCAGCCAGUCCAGUUUGUUCUCCACACCAGAUAAGCAGUCUGACAAAAUUGAUGGCUUUUCAAGAGCCUGCCCUCCCUCUUUCAAGGAGCUGUUUCUGGACUCUGGAUUGUCAUCCCCGCUUGCACAAAGCCCAUUUGCCAGCCAGACUCCUGAGCUAGAAACCACCCUUAGUGAAGCCAUCACAGGGAUGUUCCCAUCGAGGGAACUGGCUCAGGUGGCACUGCAAUUUGCUGCCAACCCAAAGCGUUUCCAAGAAAACCUCUUUGGAGGAAGGUUCUUGAAGAAUUUGAUCCAGUUUAACUUCACAGGGGUGCUUGGCACUAGUGGGAAGUACAGCAUUGGCCAGUUUUUCCCACAGCUGGAUGUGGUGGAUAAUGGCCAAGGCCCUCUGGCAUCAGCUGAGGCAUUUUCACUGGAGGUAUCAAAGGGAAGCUCCAUUUUGAGUAAACCUCUCGUGGGCAGCUUUGGCCGCACAGUGACUCUGCAGGACAAUCAGAAUCUGAUGAAAUUCCUUUCUUCUGUCCUGGAACUACCAGAGUUUUUUACUUUUCUUCAACAAGUAAUUUCUGUCCCCAAAAGCAUAGCUGAAGAUUUAGGUGAAGUGGUGAAGCUAGCUCUGGGAUCCAAAGGCUGUGGUGAGGAGCCAAAGGACCUGUUUGUUCCAACAUGCACCAAGGAGGGCAGGUAUGAGGAAGUUCAGUGCUAUGCAGGAGAGUGCUGGUGUUUGGACACUUUGGGUAAGGAGGUUCCAGGCUCAAGAAUUCAGGGCAAACGCCCAAGGUGUCCCACUGAGUGUGAGAAGCAAAGGAGAAACCUGAAAAACCUGAAGCAAAGCCUGCCUGCAGGAUCAGAUCUCUUUAUUCCCUCUUGUACUGAGGAUGGAGACUUUCUGCCACUCCAGUGUUAUGGGAAAAAUUGCUUCUGUGUCGAUUUGAAUGGCAAGACUAUUCCAGGAAUAAGGGGGAAAGCUGGAAAGCUGAUGCAAUGCCCAAGUGCUUGCCAGGUAACAGCUGGUCAGGAGUUUCUGCGGGCUGUGAAGCUCCUGCUGUCAGAUCCAAGUGCUGUGCCUCAGCUGCCCAGCCUUUACCUGCCCCAGUGUGAUGCUGCAGGUGGCUGGAGGCAGGUGCAGUGCAGCGGUCCCCCUGAGCAAGCCUUCGAGUGGUACGAAAGGUGGAUCACAGAAAACAACGAGGGCAAGCCCCUGCCUGUUCCUGAUCUAUUGAACAUCAUAGCUGGCUAUAAAGAGGCAUCCUCUGGAGACUUUUCAGCUUUUGUUAAAGCUUUGUAUGAAGCUGGGCACCAGAAUAUCUUCCCCACAUUCUCCAUGUACUCCUCCUUCACGGAUCUCCCUCCUCAAGUGCUGGAAGGAAACCUGACCCGUUUAUCUGAGAACAUUUUGCUGGACCCAUAUACGUUCUGGCAGCUUCUGACUGAGCAGCUGAGCUACUACCCAGGACCCUAUGCUGAUUUCAGUGCUCCAUUAGGCCACUUUGAACUUCGUGAUUGUUGGUGUGUUGACAGCAAAGGAGGCGAGCUGGAAGGAACAAAGGCAGGAGCGAACCAGGUUCCAGCAUGCCCUGGUAUAUGUGAAGGUGUGAAGCAAGAGGCCAUGAAAUUUGUGGAGGAUGCAGAGCAGCUUAUCCUGGCCUCAAAUGGGUCCCAGUUUGCCUUUGGAGAGAGCUUCUUGCUGGCAAAGGGGAUCCAGCUGAUGGACAGUGAGCUCCUGCGCUCUUCUGGGCCCUAUGGGCUGGAGAGAGGCAUCUCCCAAAAGCUGCUGCUGGGCAGUGACUCUGCUCUCCAGCUGGCUGCUUGGUCAGUCCUGCAGUUCUACUGGCAGAGUCACUUUACAUCAAAACGUUCUGCUGGGGAAGCAGCACAGCUGGGAUUUCUCCCUUACAUCCCUCAGUGUGAUGGCCUGGGAAACUGGGAGCCAACUCAGUGCUAUCAGAGCACAGGUCAUUGCUGGUGUGUGGAUGAGAGAGGUCGUUAUGUGAUGGAUUCCUUGGUCUCACGCUCAGCAGAACUUCCCAAAUGCCAGACUUCAUGUCAGCAAUCUCGAGCCAAUGCCAUGAUUUCCAGCUGGAGACAGAGCAGUGCAAAGCUGGACACCUCUGCAGCUGAUCUGUUCAUCCCCAGCUGCCUUGAGGUGAUUUGACAUGGCUGAGGGAGGAGGCAGUUUUACCAUGCCAUAGUCAUGCACACUUUCUGUCCAGGCUCCUGUAGUGCACUUCUAUUAACCUGAAAGAAAAGACAAAACUAAGAGCUGGUAUUGCCCUGCAGAAGGCAGAAUUGAAGUAGUUUUGAGAUGGAGACUGGGAAUAGGAAGCUCUGUGCCUGCCCACACCUCCCUCCCACAGGCUGGCUCUGCCUGGUGCUCUUGCAGAGUGGUGAUUAAAAGGAACCUCUUAAUUGAAUGACAUUUGUGGGGCUCUUCCUUCCUAAGCUGUGAGAGGGAGCUGGUUGCAGAUGUCCCAGAGAAACAGGGUCUGUGAUGCUCUCAAAAUGUGGCAGUGAGCAGGAUAGA